AUGGGAUCAUAUCUCUAUGCCUGUGGCAGCGACAAAUUUGAAGGAUGUUGCUCCACAGAUCCAUGCUUGCUGCCCGACUGUCCUGACGGUCUACUAAAACGGGACGACGACGAAAAUCCCCCACUUGAAUCAUCAACUUCAUCAAACAAGGGCUCUCCGAAUAGCAGUCCUCCAAAAACCGAGACCCUUGAGCCCGACGAGCCUAAUGGAACAACCAAAGCCUCCCCAUCACCGAGCGAAACAAAAACCGAUUCCGGAAUCACUCAUACAAUCCCAAAUUCGUCUAUAGUUACCAUCACAAAGCACACAGUCGUCUUUUCCGAAGCACCACCGCCAUCCACGACGUCAAUCCCCGAAACGAGCACUGGCACAGCACCGGGAACCACCUGCUCUGACUGCAACGAGCCCGGCCAGACGACGAACCCAGAUGGAGAGUCCAGUAAUGAAGUCGGGGUGACUCCAGGCGCUAUUGCUGGAAUAGCGGCUGGCGGUGCAGUUAUUCUGGCUCUUGUGGUAAUAAUCUGGGUGGUGUCAAAACGAAGGAAACGGGAGCGACAAAGCUCAGGCGUAAAUGAUGAGGAUGCGACUGGAGGCUCGCGAGUCGACGGGUACGAAAAGGUGACGCCACAUACAACCGGCAUGGAGGGAGCCGCCGAUCCAUUUGCUCCUUUCGGAGGUGAGUUAUGUUUCGCAUCUUAUCAGAGAGUGCAGGAGAGGAAUUUUGCUGACCAGGCAGGGCGAAUCGAUCAACCUCACGGCCCGGAUCCUCCAAACAGCGAGGCUUUUGAAAUGGACGGCACGGGCAUUGCUCCCGUCGAAUUGCCCGCCAUUAGCAUCUUGGAAGUUCCAGGUCCUGCGGUAUCGCCGUUGGGUGUCGUGAGUCCCGUUACUUCAGCCGAUACCGACCCUAGAGCCACUCUCGCUUCGGGCUCCUCCCAGGGCCGCGUGCAAUAUGUGAAUCAGUGGAAUCAGUACAGAUCAAUGGCAGAAGCUGACGAGCAAGGAAUGUAA